UUUUUUUUUUUGCAAAGGAUUGAUGACAUGUCAUGAGUAAUAACUAAUCUAUCUUUGUAUUUCUCAUUGCAUUAUCUAAUUACUGUUAUUUGUCUUAUUCUUCCCUCCUUAAUUCUCGUGUAAAUUUCCAAAGAGGAAUGUAAUUUAGGGAUGUAGGGAGUAUAUGGUUUAAAAAUUAAAAAAAAAAUCAAGAGAAGAAAAUUCAAUUAAUGAGAUUCUACUCGUUUAGUGUCACUCUCACACUAGUCACAAUCACACUCUUGUUCCAUUUUAUGCCUUUUCCUCCUCUACCCCUCUCCAACUCCUAUAAAUUUGGCAAUGCUUAAACUCUUCAUUCCCAAACAUUAUUUUUUGCUACAUAACAGCUACUCUUCAACAUUAGCUUAUAUGUAAAAAUCCCCUUAAAAAAAAAAUAUCAUCAUUCAUUAAUAACAAUAAUAAUAACUUUAUUUCAUAUCUCAUCAAAUCGUAUAAUAUAUAGUUUUUUCGUACGAAUAAUAUCAUAGCAGCCCAAAUAUAUAUAUAUUUAUAUAUAAUGAGGCUGUCUAUGAAGUCAUUUGUAUUGCCUUACGAUAUCCCUUCUUCCGGUAUAACACCGCAUGUCCCCACGCAGCAGCAUUGCAAUCUCACUAAACAAACUCAACAACUUAUGAUGACUUUUCAGUCGUCUCAGCAGUCCCUCCUUCAUCAUUCUAUUAAACCGACCACGACAACGACGACAACAGCGACGACAACAACGAGUAAGUCGGGUCGUGGAGUGAGGCAAAUGGGCUCGCCCCGUGUUGCUGAUCGCUGGAAGGAGUAUAUGGGGGCGAGGGAUUGGGAAGGGUUACUUGAUCCACUUGAUGAGAAUCUUCGAGAUGAGAUCCUCCGGUACGGGUCCUUUAUUGAGGCUACGUACCGGGGGUUCAAUUUUGACCCUGAAUCACCCUCUUUUGGGUCAUCUAAGUACAAGAAAAAGUCUUUUUUUCAAGAUUGUGGGUUGCCAACACCCGGGUUUCGGCUUACCCGACACCUCCGGGUUACUUCGGGGAUUCAAGUACCCGAAUGGGCCCAAUCCAGCUGGUCUCCGGUGAAGACCAACUGGAUUGGGUACGUGGCAGUCUGCAAUGAUAAGGCGAUGAUUGACCACCUGGGGCGCCGGGAGGUGGUCAUCGCCUUACGUGGGACCGCCACGUGUCUAGAGUGGCUAGAGAACGUACGAGCCACUCUAGCCCCAGUCCCAGUCCCCAGGUCCACAUCUUUAAAUAAUGACAAUGUGGACCCGCAGGACUUAGAUGGGCCCCCAAUGGUAGAAAGUGGGUUUCUGAGCCUAUACACUACUGGCACCGACAUGUGGCCCAGUCUCCAGGACUCAAUAAGAAUGGAGGUUAGUCGGAUCCUUGAGCUCUACCAAGACAAGCAGCCUCUUAGUAUAACCAUCACCGGCCACAGCCUCGGGGCUGCCCUCGCUACGUUGGCAGCCUACGACAUCAAGACUACGUUCGAGCGGGCCCCACUCGUGACCGUGAUAUCCUUCGGUGGGCCACGAGUGGGAAACCAAAGCUUCCGUUCCCUUGUAGACAAGCAAGGGACAAAAAUAUUAAGGGUGGUCAAUCCAAGUGAUCUCAUCACUAAAGUACCCGGGUUUGUUACUGAUAAUAAUGAAGAGUUUGUCAACAUAAGUAAUAAAAGUACUAGUCCUGUUAAAGAAAUCGAGGAAAAAAAUAGUAAAAAUCCUCGCAAUAACAAUAACAAUAAAAUUAACUAUAAGACUAACCGUCCUGGUAAAAUUAAAAGUAACAUAAUUAGUCGAGCAUGUAAAAUAAAAAGUAAUUGUGAUAGUAGCCAUUUUGGGUUAGGAGAAGUUGAAAGUAGAAUUCCUAGUAACAAUAGUGGUUCCAAAAAAAUAAACCAAUUGGCGGAAUUAUGCUUGAAUUGGAUCCAACAAUUUCGGGUGGAGGACACACAGUGGUGGGUGUACGCCGAGGUGGGGCGUGAGCUCCGGUUAGCCAACAGCGAAUCAGAGCAACUAUCGUACUACUUGGGAAACAUGGACGUUGCAAAAUGUCAUGACCUAAAAACAUACCUUAACUUAGUGGAAGAUUGUCCACUCAAAAAUCUUGUUAGAAGGUCCUUGAACAAACUCUCUGAAAGUUGUAGUGUUCAUAAAAAAGAGACUAGUGGUAUCUUUGCAUUGCUUUGUAAACAAUUUUGAGACAUGUUAAUAAUUGUACAUAUAUCUUACGUAUAGAU